CCCAGCCAACACACCACGGCUGUCUCAUAGCUGGCCACUGUCAGUCAGCAUCUCCAUGUGGCCGAGACGCUGGUGCUGCCGGGCGUAAACACCUUGCUGACGGCGCCCUGCAUCAGGACACACUCCUGGGGCGAGGAAUACCGAUACGUCACCCCACUGCAGGCGGCCCAGCUCAUGUUCUCAGCCGCGCAUAAAGAGGCACAUUCUUCUCGUGACGCCACGCCCUUGACGGUCUGCAGGGGCGAGCCCCGCAACUCGUAGCCCGCUGUAGUGCACACACAGUGGGAAGGGAGAGUGAGACAUGGUUGUCGGUGAGUUGUGUGUUGCCUACCUUUGCCCGUUCUGCAUGUUUUGAAGCCGGCUGUGAGUCCCUUGUUGGGCUUGUACCUCCGCACACAGCCACCUAUCUCGAAGGUAGCAUCCGUCUCCGAGCGGCCGCCGCGGUGCGUGGGCCCGGCCUUGAGCAGACACCGGCGGUCCAUAUCCACCCCGCCAUCCGCUCUCUGCUGCGGCUGUUUCCGCCCGUAUAGAUAGCCAGACGCUAUCUUCACGGCCCUCUCCUCCAUCAUCAGUGCGGUGGCUCUCUCUUCCAAGUCACUGGCCGCAUUCUGCUGCCGGUCGGAUGCUGCUAGCGUCGUCUCGCCGCCUACUGUAUGGUUGGACUGCCAUUGGCGCAUCUCCUCCCGCCACUGCUUGACCUCCUCACGCCACUGCCGAACCUCCUCUACCAGCAGAGUGGAGUCGUUGGCAGCUCCCAGCCGUCUGGUGUGUGGGAGGGCGCCCUGCGUGUGGAGGGUCUCUGACGGCAGCUCCUGAAAGGUGAAUGCCUCGCACUGCGGCUCGUCCAUGCACUCGACCCAGCAGUCAGCGAGGCUGGAUGGCGGGGGGGACACCUCACGGAUGAGGGGGGUCUCAUAGUCAUAGUCUGGCUCAUAGAUGACGCACUCUGACACACACAUCGACACACAAUUGGGUGGUGCGAUGUGUGGGGGGUUCCUGACAUAUAUAUACCUGGUCUGUGUGGGCUGCACAGGUUGAUACCUGCGGUCGCCGUGCCGUCCGGAUUGGCCCCCUGCAGGUCAUCCACUUGUGUGAGCAGCUCACACCCGUCUGCUGGGGAAAAGUUGAACGCCCCGCACUGUGAGUCCUCAUGACACGCACGCCAGCAGUCGUCUGACGUCGCUGCUUCGUCGACGGUGAGCAGAACGUCGCCCUCGAGGACGGUGUCGGGCUUGUGCAGCACACAGACUGAAGGAAGGGGAAAGAACGUCGACGUGGGGGCAUGUCAUGUCGAGCCACAGGCGUACCGUACCUGAGCAUGUGUCGUCUGUAUGUGGUGACUUUGUGCGUGUGUAGAUGCGUAUGUGGUUGAUGUCCCAAUAGAUCUCCUGCAGCUGGUGGGGAUUCUUCCUCACAAACUCCUUGCAGUCAGGACCUGAAUACACACGCACACACACCGACAUAGCGUCUCACUCUCUCCCCCAUAAUGAUUGGCGUGGCCUGUCGUGGCGUGCCUGCCGUCUUGAGGCACUGCUCAGUCCAUAAGGGCUCGUACUCCGCCCAGUAGCCGCACAGUGCCGUGUUGAGUAUGACGCUCUGCAGACGGAAGUGGUCGAAUCCCGGGCAGUUGUCCUUGAGAGGGUAGUAAGCCGUCGGCCGCUUCCAGCUGUCAGGAUUGGGCACCCUGCAUACGCACGCAGACACACCGCCAGUCGACUGUGUGCCUCCCGGGUUCACUUGACCCACCCUUCAGUGAGGUCUGCAGGUGCCUCGUCCCUGCGAAAGAACCAGUGCCUGAUGUGCCUCUCUGGGUCGAGCUCCAUGACAUAGUGGCCGCCGCCAGCACCAUUGAAUGCCGGGCCGAAGUUCUCUUCAUCCGACAUGACGGGGCAGCCCUGGUUGUCGGGCUGGUGCGGAUGGCGGUCGUCGCAGCUGCGGGAUGGCUGCUCUGAGGAAAAGGGGGCGGGGCAGAGCACAAAGAUUCGUGACGGCUUUGAGGAUGAAUGUGAGGAUUGUCGCUAACUGGCGCCGUCGACGUAUCGCUCUGAGGCCGCCCAGAUGCCCGUCAUGAGUGUUUGGUCGGUGUCGGACAUGGAGCAGCUCUCCAAGGCGUGCCCGCCGCAAUGGUUCAUUGUCAGAUUGUUGACGCCUGUGUGCACACGCAACAGACAGACAGAUGGGUGUGUGGCCAGGCCAGAUGCAGGAAGGAAGCCAGAAUCGCCACCUCUUUCCUUACCUUCAAUGACGUCGAUUUCGCCAGUGGCGGGCCCGUCAGGGCCAUGCAUCCAGAGGGCGGGAAAGGCACCACAGCCAGAUGGGCUGUGGUUCACAUCGAUGACGAACAAUCCCUGACGCGCAGAGAAGGACACAAGCGGGCGAAAGGACAAGGCGCACGGGAGCAGUCUCGUGGACCUGACUGACCUCGCUGAAUUGUUGUUUGGAUGCGAUGCUGACGGAGUCGCGCCCCCUGGAGCUCUUAAAGGGGAUGGUCUUGACGUCAGGGCGGAUGAUGGUGCGGCCGUCAUCGGUCGUGUACAUGAGCUCCUUGGACACCGCAACCGAUCGGCUGGACAGAAAGGAAACACACACCCGAGCCACGCGGGCUGUGACACCGUGGUGCCGCUGCGUUCCUGUCAGGCAUACUUGACGUAGUUGGUGAAUCCGCCCGUGGGAUCGUCGCCCGUGUAGAAGUCGAAGAGCUUUUCAUCCAGAAACGAUUCGCCCUGCCACUCGGUUUCCAGCUCGUAGGGGCCAGAGCAGCCAGGCAGCCGACCGGCCUUCAGGUAGCCUACACACACACACCACAAAGUCGAGACACAAACGGCUGUCGUUCUUUCUCAGCACCUACCAGAGAUGCACGGCGGCGCCGGCUUGUCCUUGCAGAACACCCCCUCUGCACGGAUGUUCCACCCGCAGCACGUGGCCGCACCGAAAGUCGCGUUCUUGCUGAAUGUGCUGAGUGCACAUCCCGCCCCGCCGCACUGUCCGCAGCCGGCAGGGCAGCAAACUCCUGACUCCCAGUUGUAGAGGCCGCCCAGGCGGCUGCAGAAUUGGGCGGGAGGCUCCAAACCUGACGCACACGAACAGAGAGCAGAGUGACUGGGGGACAUCACUUGAUCAUUCCACUUACAAUAGCUGGGUCCCGACACGAGGUGGGUGUUAGCAGCAUUGUGGCGCCCCGCUGCGCCGCGGUAGAGUGUGCAGGCCCGUGUGUGGGGGUCCCAUGCGAAGACCCUGCAGCCUGGUGUCUGCCGACAUCGCUCCUGACACCCAGGUGCAUCGUCAGUCGUGCGAGGUUUGUCGUCAAGUGGCUUGGUGCUAUAGUCCACCCCUGUCUCGUAGCACGCUGACCAGAGACAGACAGAGAGGCACACUGCACUCGUGUGUUUGUCGAUGUAAUAGGCGUGCAUCAUUAAUAUGAUGCUAUGCUUAUUUGCCUACUUACUGUCGUAACACGACGCAGGCCCCGACACGAUGGCCAUGCCCUCCUUCCUCUUCGUUGCCCUCUUCCCGGCCUUGAGGGCGCAGUUGCUCUUCGCCUUCUGUGCCCUGUAGGUGAAGAAAUGGCACCUCGGAUUCUUGGCGCAGAGCUCCUGGCAGGCAAUGGUGCUCGCCACACGGUCGUGAGUUGCGAUUAUGCGCCCCUUGAACUGAACUCCACCCUCGAAACAGCCUGAUCGACAUGGGCGAGACGCACGAGCAGAGGAUGCACCUGUGCUGUGUGUGUGCCUGAUAUGAGUGCGCUGCUGACCCUUCACCUCCAUAUCUCGCUGCGCCUCGGACGGAGGUGUCAUGGGCUGAAUAGCUCCUCCUGCCUGUGCAAGUUUGCUGCCGCGACGGCUUGGGAAGCUCCUGGAGUCCAGCCGGCAGUCCCUGCCGCCGUCGCACGCUUCCCGCAGCAGCCCACUGCCCCCGGCGGCGUGGCCAAGAAGGAUCCCCAGCAGCGAAACUGCCCUGAUCAUUU